AUGAUGGCCGCUCAGCUGCAGAAGCCCACGGGCUCGACUCCUCCUCAAUCAAAUCCUCCCGCCGAUCCGUCUAACGAAGCUGAACUUUCUGAGCAGUUGGACAAGGCGACCUUAUCGGACGCCGUCCCUCUGAAGAACAGAGCUGCAGAGAGCACCAGCCCGUACCUGCGCGCCCAUACCGAGUCUCCCGUCGCCUGGCAGCUACUCGACGAUGAGGCUAUUCAGAAAGCCAAGAGCGAGAACAAGCUCAUCUUCCUAAACAUAGGAUUUCGGGCCUGCCAUUACUGCAAACUCACCACACAAGACUCCUUCUCCAAUUCCUCUGUCGCCAGCCUCCUCAACUCAUCCUUCAUUCCUAUCAUGGUGGACCGUGAAGAACGCCCAGAUGUCGACACUAUCUACAUGAACUAUAUUCAGGCCGUCAACGGCGCCGGUGGCUGGCCACUGAACGUGUUCCUGACGCCUGAACUUGAGCCUGUCUUUGGCGGCACAUACUGGCCCGGCCCAGGUACAGAGCUGCUGGGGCUUGACGGAGAGAGGAUUCCGGACGAUGAGCGGCUGGACUUUCUUGUCAUUCUGCAAAAGAUGAAGAAUGUCUGGGAGGAGCAGGAGGCGCGAUGCCGGCAAGAGGCAAAGCAGAUCCUCUCCCAGUUGCGUGAGUUUGCUGCGGAGGGGACUCUCGGGACAAAGGGCAUUAGCACACCAGCUAAACCAGCUACAUCGAGUGCGGCGGUGCCCACAGAUCUGUCUGGCGGUGCAACCGCCUCUACUCCAGGCACUGAUCUGGAGGUGGACCUGGACCAAGUCGAAGAGGCGUUUACUCACAUUGCAGGCACAUUCGACUCUGUCAACGGUGGCUUUGGACUUGCUCCCAAAUUCCCUACACCUGCCAAGCUAUCUUUCCUCCUCCGCCUAGCUCAUUUCCCCACAGAGGUGCACGAUGUCGUUGGAGAGAAGGAAGUCGAACAAGCUACUCACAUCGCUCUGCACACACUGCGAAAGCUACGAGAUGGUGGGCUACGAGAUCAUAUUGGUGCUGGAUUCUUCCGUUACAGCGCUACGGUCGACUGGACGAUGCCCCAUUUCGAGAAGAUGGUGUUGGACAACGCUCUGCUACUGGGAGUGUAUCUGGACGCCUGGUUGACUACAGCCAAACAGGGGCAGCUGAAGAAGGAGGACGAGUUUGCCGACAUCGUGGUCGAGCUUGCAGACUAUCUGACGUCAAAAUCCCUGGCUGGAUCUACUGAACAGGACAGCGGAUUCGCGACGAGCGAGGCUGCUGAUUCCUUCUACAGAAAGGGCGACAAGCAAAUGCGCGAAGGCGCUUAUUACCUAUGGACUCGCAGGGAGUUCGAGAAUGUCGUUGGAGACGGUCAGACAAGUGCUGUCGCUGCAGCGCAUUGGGACGUGCUUCAGCAUGGAAAUAUCGAGCGGGAUCAGGAUCCGAAUGACGAGUUCUUGAACCAAAAUGUCCUACGUGUUGUCAAGAAUGCCGAGGAAUUGGGUAGACAGUUUGGCAUUGCGACAGAGGAAGUGGGAAAGCUGAUUGCGUCCGCGCGUGAGAAGCUAUUGGCGCAUCGAGAGAAAGAGCGCGUUCACCCGGAAAUCGAUGCCAAAGCGGUCACAAGCAUCAAUUCCAUGGUGAUAGCUGCUCUUGCUAGAACCGCUGUGGCCAUCAAGAGCGUUGACGGAGAGAGGGCUGAGAAGUAUUUGACAGCCGCCAAGAAAGCUACGUCCUUCAUUCAAGAGAAGUUGUGGGACUCAGCGUCUAAGGUCCUGUACCGGACAUACUACGAUGGGCGAGGAUCAACCAAGGGCUUCUCGGAGGACUAUGCUUUCCUGAUCGAAGCCCUUCUGGAGCUUUAUAGUGCGACGGGCGUGGAGAGCUGGCUGGAGUGGGCAGAUGAAUUACAAAGUGUUCAAAUCAAGCUAUUCUACGACUCCGUCAGCACCGCAAGUCGACCAGCAACCCCUGGUGGACAACAAUCAUCUUGUGGUGGAUUUUAUUCCACAACUGAUGAUGCACCUCAAGCUAUUUUGCGUCUCAAGGAUGGUAUGGACACAGCACAGCCAUCAACAAACUCUGUGUCAACAUCCAACCUGUUCCGCCUCGGAGCCAUCUUCGGGGAUUCCAAGUACACCAAGCUGGCUCGAGAGACAAUCAAUGCCUUUGAAGUCGAGAUGCUCCAGUAUCCGUGGCUCUUUGUCGGCCUCCUUGGAAGUGUAGUGACUGCUCGGCUAGGAGGCAAGUGCUGGUUAGUUCACAGGACCUCGAGCGCCUCAGAAAUAUUUGAGGGUGAUACAUGGCACAAAUACCAUCUGCUACCUCGUGCUGGGCUGCGCAGCUUGAUAUUUGUACAGCCGCUUGGAGGCGACGACUGGUUGCUCAAGCGAAACCCGCUACUGGAUGGGCUGAAAGACAAGGUCGGCAAGGCUUUUCAGUUCAACAAUGGGUCUUACCAGGAGUAUGAAGAAACCAAGCUCGACUAG